AUGGAUAAUACGAACAGCAAGGAGGCUUGUUCAGAUGAAGCUAACCUCAUCACAGAGCGCAGAAGUCGCAGCCCCGAAGUACGACAACUGCAUGAUAUGCUCGGUAUCCCAUUACAGCGGCUGGCAACCUCAGGGCCAAUCCCUUCGCCGCCAUCCAGCGACGACGAAGAUAUGGAUGAGGCCAUUGGUUUUGUUGUUUCAGAGACACCUCCAACACCCAGGCCCAACCCACGACGGCCCUACCUGCAAUUUGACGAAGGUGAAGCAGUCCUACCCGAUUCCUUUGAAGCACCUCCGUCACCCACAAUUGAGCAAUCAUCUGAAGACGGCGACAACGAGGACCUAGAUGAGGCCAUCUCGUUUGGUGCUCUUGUGCCGCCACCGCCGCCCAGACUUGAACCCCGACAGCCGUUUGACGACGAUGACGACGAAGAUGAAGCAAUCUCAUUUGCUGCUCCUGUACCGCCUCCAUCGCCCAGACCAGAGCCGGAGCAGUCAUUCAACAACGACCCGGAGGGCUUGGAUGCAGCGGUACAAUUUGUUCUUCCUGUGCUACCUGGACCGCCCAGGCCCGAGCCGCAGCAAUCAUCCUCCGACGACGGCGAAGACGACAUAGACGAGGCCGUGUCAUUUGCUGCUCCUGUGCCACCUCCAUUGCCCAGGACUGAGCUACAGCAAUCGGUUGGCGACGAGGACGACACAGAUGAGGCCAUCUCAUUUGCUGCUCCUGUACCCCCUCCAGCACCGCGGCCAAAACGAGCACAAUUGCACGUCGACUCCGAUGAAGACGAGACCGCUACUCCUGAUGCUUCUGGGGUACCUUCAUCGCCAAAAUCCCGGAAGUUGGAUGAUGGCGUGUUCAAACGGCCGACUUGGGAGAAGAAAGAGAAGCAGCAGCAGCAGCAGCAGGCGCAGAAGGGGAAAGCUGAGCGACACGGAGGCGGCAUCCAGUCCAGUGUCCAAUCAGCUCGAGAAGCAGAACAAGCAGUGGAAAUCCCCGAACCAGCGUUUGCAUUAUCAACGCCGGCAGCUUCUCUUUCGACACCGUCGACUACACCAAACACCACCGUUUGCCGCAAAGCGAAUCCUCUCCUGCAGCCCCUCGCCGGCCAUGGGAUCACCACAUAUGGCCCCCCACCGGCUGAUAACACGAUCUACCUCGAGAAUAAAUCUUCCAUACGCUUGCGCGGCGACCCCAACGUGGUAAGAGGGUCAAAAAACGGCAAUUACCUGCGAGAACGGACAGCGUUGGUGCUGCAUGCCAAGGCCGUCAUUACACAAGACUACAUGUGCGAAGAGAAUGAAGUCUACCGCGAGGUCGUCAACGAGAUGCAGGACAUCCACGCCAGCAGGACUAGCUGGGAAGAGACCAGGACGAACUAUGCUAUAUUGUUCAACAGGCCUCGACCAGCCUCUGUGAAAGACAAGAAGUGGCGCCCCCCAAAACAGCCGGCAGCGAAGAAGCUGCUCAGCAAAUCCGGCGAGGCCGAUCUGGCAGCAAUGUGGAAGGAGUGCGCCGAGAAACUCAAACGCAAGAGAUCCGAGAGUCCGUCUCCGGGAAGGGUUAAGAAGCCAAAGAUCAAACUCCAAAAGCGGCAUUUACGAUACACGGCGCCUGCUUCGCCUGACAUCAACUGUGUGAGACCUGAUGAGCCUAACAACAUUCGGAAUAAUCUGACCUACCGACCGAAGAAAGAGGGGAAAGGCGAUUCGUCGAGGGAGGAAGAGGGUGCAGCACGGCAAUAUUGCGCGAGAUGCGGGAGACUACCUCGCGCACCGGACUUCACAGCGCUCAUUACUUGCUUUGUAUGCGGUCAACGGGCCUACUGCAGUUUUGUAUGCCAGGAAGUGUGGAAGACCAUGCCUUGUGGUCGGGGAUGUCGACCAGAGAAGAAGACCAAGGUGCGAGAGAUGCUCCCGAACCGACAGCGCGGGGAAUCUCUCGGCCGCUUCAGAGACUCGGCCGGAUUGCCUCCCAGGGAAAGGAAUGACCCCCAAGAUGAUGCCGUUGAGCUGGAUGCCGACGAAGAUACGGACAUGUUGGACUUCUCCCCGGCGGAAAUCGCAGAGCAGAGAAAGGCACUGGCAAUGUUUGAAGCUCGCAAGAAGAAGCCGGUACUCACGAGCGAUCCUGGGGAUCGGAAGAUCUGCGGACAUCGAAUCAUGGAAGAUCUUCGAACCCUUCAAUACAUGGUCAAGGGGAGCGGGGGCGAUGCCACGGGGGAAUGGGUCCGCGCGGUCGACCUACAUGGCCCUGACUGGACGAAGAAGAUGGAAGAGUACUGGGAAGGGACGGCCGAAGCGUUCGAGGCGCGAGAAUUCCUGGAGAAUCCAAACCCGGACCACGACGUCGAGCCUGGGCCCUUUGGACGCUUCAUCCUCAAGGCCGAGAUGGAGAUGGAGAGGGCGUUUAGUUUUGAGAUUCGAGACUUCGAGCGGCCUAGUGAGAAGGACAUCGAGGAUGGAAAUUACUGGUGGGCAGCGGAUGAUCUGUCGCCGAAAUGGGAUGACGCGCUCCGCACGUACUGGCGAAGAUGCGCCGUGGCUGAGAAGUGGAAUGCCGCUAAGCUGUGGGUUGAGGAGAAGGGCUUUGUUCGGCGGGAAACCGACUCUUGGCGCAUUCGUUUGUUGAGGAUGUGCAUUUCUCAGCCCGAGCGGGCUAGCAACGUAGCUGCUUGCUACAAUGAUGAGCAUCGCAAGGCAGCAAGAGCGCUGCUUACUAAGCCUGCGUCGGCGCGUCUGGGCCCCGACACGCCGAGCAGUCAGCCACGAAGGAGACCUCACUCCAUCUCAUCCUCCCCUUCCAUCGCCUCGGAGUCAACCGAAAUGGAUGGCACUUCCGGUCUAGCAAUGCCUACUUGGCUCCAGGAUCGAGGACCUGCGCCGCGAACCCGGACAGCACGCAGCGCAUGA